ACUUCCGCCGGUCAUAGUAAAAGGCAAACAUUACAAUACACAGCCUAGUUUAUCGACUUUGGUCUUGCUGUUGCGUAUUAAAUGGGUGGCAAUACAAGUACUCGUCGCGUAAUUGUAGAAGAUGCAGGUGGAGAGGAUAUUGUCACGGUUUCGGAAGCUGUUGUUCGACGAUUAAAGGGACAGCCAGACAUUCAAGACUCCACCCCUAAUACAGUGAACAAGUCAGUUUCAGACAGCAAACAGCAAUCAGUCCCAUCUGUGCCGAAGGAAGAGGUCAGUGAUCGAUUGUCUGUGGUGUUCAAGAAAGAUGCUGAUGAUUUCUACACACAGAAGCUCAAAGAUUUACAGAACAGGAAUGCUGCCCUGCAGAAACAAACUAAUGAGGAAUUUGCCAAAGCUGUGAAAGAAGUGGAAGCCAAAUUUUUGAAUGUCACAGCCUGCCCUGUGUGUGAAGAUCUGCAGAUGAAAGUUCUAGAAUGCUACCAGAAUAACCCAAGAGAGAUACUUAACUGCUCCUCUGUUGUGAAUGCGUUUACAUCUUGUGUGGAAAGAGCUAGAAUGUUUGCCUUCAAUCGAGAUGGUCCAGACACAGAAGUAAUGACAUUUUUGGGGGAAGAUCAAAAUUGUCCCAUACAGCAGCAUCAUUAUCAAGAGUUCCAACAGUGAGUGUCCAUUGAAGCAAAUUGGUUGGAAGUUGAAAUUAGAAGCAGUUUACAAACAGAGAGUAGAUUACCAUAUUGUGUAUCACAUGGGUUGAUUUCAAUCUCUUAAAGGCUGACCUGUUCUUUCAUUUUUAUCUAAAUAUUUACCUGAUAACCAAAAAAAAAGUUAAAUAAUGCAGGGCUGUUUUUUUUUUUUAUCAAUUAGAAGCAGUUGUUAUUAUGAAUUAAUUUUGGUUAUGUUACAGUGAUCAUAUUACUGUUUAUUUUUUUUUUUUCUGUUUUUAAAAAAGCAAUUUUUGUUGACACAAAUCAUGUGUAUUAGAUGAUAGAGUAGUAAACUACCAAAUAUUUUCUUAGAGUUGACUCCCUUUGUACUAUUUAUAACCUGGAAACCCUAUGGUUUCAUCCUUUAGUUUUGACCUUUUAUAAGGUGUCUGCACAUUUCAAUGGAAACUUUGACCAGAAAGUGCGUGUGGUCUUGUUGAAUAAAUUGUAUACCUGUAAUAUUUAAUAGUGCACUAGAUUGUCCAUGAGUAUAUAACUAGAGUCAACUAUAUCAUCAUGUUAUUGAUAUUUGCCUUAAGGUAGAUUAGUGUACAUGGAAAAAGUUUGCAAGACUAAAAAUAAUAUUUCUUUGGUCUGUGAUUAUCUGAUUAAUAAACAUUUGUUGUUUUUUAAAUCA